GGAAGCGCUGCGCUCCCGUGACUCACGAACUACCCAGGACUUUCCCUCCGUGCUCACAAAAGCUUUCAUAUCCUCGCUGCUUGAGCUUCUGCUUCAUUUAGUUCUUUUGUUUCGUUCAUGCUGCUGCAGACUUAGCGUUUCGCCGCAUUUAUUUUUUGCAACCAUGCUGUUAACAAUGAAGCUGUACGUCCUUCUCUCAGUUCAUGUGGUGACGACCUUCGCUGCUCGCACUCCCCCCCUAGACAUAACAGCCGCCACCCUGUACUGGGACGAGGAGCAGAAGCUGGUGGUGAUCAAGGAAGGGGUGAUGGAGGCCGAUGGCGACGCGUACGGAUACCUGAGGAACACGCUGAACAAAACCGGCUGGAGCAUCCUGGAGGUCCGGUCCGGAUACGGGACGGUCCCCCAAACCGACGAGAUGGUGUUUUUCCUGGCUGGUUACCUGGAGGGAUUCCUCUCUGCCCAGCAGAUGAUGGACCACUACACCAACAUGUACCCGCAGCUGAUCACCGAGCCGAAGAUCCUGGAGCCGGUGAAGACUUUCAUGUCGAAGCAGGACGCGUGGGUCAGACAGCAGGUGAAGCUGUACAAGAACUCCGAUCCUCUGUGGAGUCACGCCGGAUUCAUCCAGGCCCAGCUGGACGGCCUGCAGGCCGGAGCCGCGGACUGGGCCAAGAGGCAGGGACUGAAGCCGCUGUCGCUGUUCGACGUCCAGUUCCUGAACGCGGUGGGAGACCUGCUGGACCUGAUCCCGGCCUUGGUGCCCGGAUCCAACUCUCUGCUCAGAGACUACAAGCUUCCAGGAAUGGGUCACUGCUCAGCGCUCAUCAAGAUGCUUCCAGGCUAUGAGGAGCUCUUGUUUGCCCAUUCCAGCUGGUACACAUACGCUGCCACCAUGCGCAUCUACAAGCACUGGGAUUUCCACAUCGCCGAGCCGCACACAGCCACCGGGAAGCUGUCCUUCAGCAGCUACCCGGGUUUCCUGGUGUCUCUGGAUGAUUUCUACCUCCUGGGCAGCGGCUUGAUGAUGACCCAGACCACCAACAACAUCUUCAACUCCUCCCUGUUUGACCUCAUCACUCCCAACAGCCUGCUGUCGUGGCAGAGGGUCAGGCUGUCUCACAGCUUGGCUCGCACGGGAGAGGAAUGGGCCAAGACGUUCUCCAAAUUCAACUCUGGCACCUACAACAACCAGUACAUGGUGGUGGACAGGAGCAAGGUGCAGCAGGGCAUCAGCAUCGAUGACGGCGCUCUGACCGUGGUGGAGCAGAUCCCCGGCCUGGUGGAGUUCUCCGACCAGACGCAAGCUCUGCGCAGAGGUUACUGGCCGUCCUACAACGUUCCCUUCCACCGGAACAUCUACAACUUGAGCGGAUACGGGGAGAUGUGGUUAAAGUACGGAGAGGAGUUCUCCUACGACCUCUGCCCCAGGGCCAAGAUCUUCCGGCGCGACCAGGCCAAUGUGAAGGACCUGGACUCUCUGAAACACAUCAUGAGGUACAACGACUACAAGAAUGACGUUUACUCUGAGAACAACCCCUGCAAAACCAUCUGUUGCCGGAACGACCUGAAAUAUGAGAGGCCCUCACCAGGAGGUUGCUAUGACACUAAGGUGACGGAUCUCUACAUGGCGAGCAGCUUCAUGGCGGAGGCGGUGAACGGGCCGACGACGCAGGACGGCCUGCCUCCGUUCAGCUGGGACAAGUUCAGCAGCGUCAGCCACAAGGGCCUGCCGCGGUACUACAACUUCACGUUUGUCAAGAUGGUGCCUGCUCUCUUCGGGCCAUGAGCUGCGUGUGCGUGUGUGUGUGUGUGUGUGUGUGUGUGUGUGUGUGUCAGUGCGUGCGUGCGUGCGUGUGUGUGUGCCUGUGUGUGUGUGUGUUGAGAGACAAAGAUCCGCCCUGAUGAUUUUUUUGUGAGACGAAUCCUCAGAGCUGCAGGUACAAUCUGUUGCUGAUUUCUGACAAAACUUCCCUCUGCUUGACCAGAGGUCGUUAAACUUCAAAAGAAGAUUCUCUCGCACUUUUACACUCAGGUUGAAUUGAAUGAUUCCUUGAAUGUGUUUCCCUUAGUGCCUUGAACACUGAUAGCAACUUUAUUGAUUUAAUAAAAGUGCCAAAUCAAUGCCCUCUUACUUUUUAAACACUUAAAUCCCCUCAUGCAUGCAAAACACUAUCUGAAUAAUCGAUCAAACUGUGCAAUAGGUGCUGAUUUUUUCUCUGUUGACGUGAUUUAUUCACUGUAAGUCUUGUGCUAUGCCAAAGAAGCAACAUCUCAGGUUUGUGUUUUUCUCCCAGCCUGAUUGUUUUGCUGCUAAAUGUGUCGUUAAGACUUAAUGCUUUUUAAUAAACUUUUACAUUUUUA